GAUGCUCUUGGAAAAACUCACAGUUCUGUGUGAGCGCAGCCGAGCGAAGGCAAAAAACUUUCUCUCUAACGGGAGUGGUGUGUUUAGUUCUGCAGCACUCAGAUUGCUCUUGUCGUUUAGUUUGGAUCGUUGAUUUUUCGAGACCAAAAAUAGCAUAUCCCUCAUCCAUGUCGCGUUGGGACUUUUAGUGGACAUAUCUAUCUUUACGCACGCACACAAUCUCUCAAUUGUAUGCAGUUUCCGGAUCUUCUAGUUUGAGCGUCGAUUUAGGAGGACCGUUGGACUUUUCCAUUCGCGUUUAUUCUUUUGUGAUUUGAUAUUUUCGACAGACACCUGAUAUUUUCUUAAAGUGCUCACGGUAGGAUGAAGACACGCAGGUAACAAGGGUGGUGAGGACAUUGCCAGGCCAGCGGAGUCGAGCCCUGCGCUCGAGAUCAACAGAGCCCCGUCCUGAUGAUGACCAUAAACAUGGAUGACGGUCUCCAGAAUGGACUUGGACAGCACAGGAAUUCACAAGAAGAUGAAGAAGCGCUCCACUCCAUCAUGAAGGACCUGGCGGCGCUUAGCUCCCGCAGUUACCCCAACAGCAACAUGGGUCACAAGCCCAAGAUUCGCAGCCCCAACCCCCGACAGGAUCUACGGGUGAAGUUGGAGCAUGAGAGAGAGAAACGGAUCAUCAUGUUCCAGCAGCCCCUCAAGUUCAAGGAGUUGCUCCAGAAAGUAACCGAGGCUUUUGGCCAACAGAUGGACAUGUUUUAUACUGACAAAGAGGUAAUGCUGCCGUUGAAGAACCAGGAGGACUUGGAGAAAGUUCCUCUGUGUGCCGGCUUGAACGGCCCUAUGAGGAUAUCCCUGAAAACUCCCAAGAACAACCAUUUUCUACAGGUGAACAGCAGGGACAAACAGAGUGAGAUGAAGUCAUCCAGGUCGCUUGGGGACAUCAAGGGAUCUCUGCUCAAGGGCUCGGAGCGAGUGCGCAAACAUUCCACAGGCUCUCUGCACACAGGCCGCACGUCCCCCCCUCCCGGCAGUGUUCCUGAGGAGCAGCAGCAGAUCGCCCGGCAGGGUUCCUACACCAGCAUCCACAGCGAGGGCGAGUUCAUCCCCGAGAUCCACGAGCAGAGCCUCAUCGAGCCGUUUGAUGAUUCACUGUCUAGCAGCUGCCAGUCACUGGACCAAGCCCUGGACAGUCCUCCUUUUUCCCAGAACAACCGGGACAACAAUUACCUGAACCUCAACUACGAGUACAAAGGUCGGCACGGGAAACACGGGACUUUCCCCCGGCAGUUCCACAUGUCCAAUCGUAGUAAGGACUACGGUGAUGGCCGGAGAACGUUCCCACGGAGCUUCAUGCCAGUUCCCCAGGAGAACCUGCUUCAGCUGGUCCCGUCGAGUCGCACACGCAGCUACAACGGAGAGAGCACCCUGCAGUAUGAUGCCCUCCCCUCAGGUUCCCCGCGCAACUGUCACAUGUCGCCGCGGGCACCGGUGAACUGGCGGCAGGGGAAGCUGCUGGGCCGCGGGGCGUUUGGAGAGGUCUUCCUCUGCUACGACGCAGACACGGGCCGCGAGCUUGCGGUCAAGCAGGUGCCCUUUGACCCUGUUUGCCAGGAUACCAGCAAGGAGGUGAACGCUCUGGAGUGCGAGAUCCAGCUGCUGAAGAACCUCCGUCACGAGCGAAUCGUUCAGUACUACGGCUGCCUGCGUGACCCAGACCAGAGAAAGCUCUCCAUCUUUGUAGAGUUUAUGCCAGGGGGCUCUAUAAAGGACCAGCUGAAGGCAUACGGUGCUUUGACAGAGAAGGUGACACGCAGAUACACUCGUCAGAUACUGCAGGGCGUCUCCUACCUUCACGGCAACAUGAUUGUACACAGAGACAUCAAAGGGGCUAACAUACUUCGAGACUCCACAGGAAACGUGAAGCUGGGCGACUUUGGGGCCAGCAAGCGGAUCCAGACCAUCUGCAUGUCUGGCACAGGCAUUAAGUCUGUCACUGGCACCCCCUACUGGAUGAGUCCGGAAGUGAUUAAUGGUGAAGGAUAUGGGCGAAAGGCUGAUGUCUGGAGUGUCGCCUGUACAGUGGUGGAGAUGCUUACCCAAAAGCCACCUUGGGCUGAAUAUGAGGCCAUGGCGGCCAUCUUUAAGAUCGCCACUCAGCCAACCAAGCCCAACCUUCCUGACGGCGUGUCAGAAGCUUGCCGGGAUUUACUGCGGCAGGUGUUUGUGGAAGAGAAGUGCCGCCCCACCGCCGACCUUCUGCUCUUCCACCCUUUCGUGCAGGGGGCCUUCUGACACCCCCCUGGACCCCCACCCCCGCCCCGCCCCAGUCUCUAGGGCCCCUCGGUGACCAUAAAGGGCCCAGCACCUCACCCACCAACUAACUGGGUCACCACACUCCACCUCCCAGUGACCAAGAGAAGAUGCUCUCCACCUCUCUACAGCACAGUCUAUCUCCGACUACUCCAUGCUUACAGAGGCAGGCACACAACACAGUAAAACCCUGUGGUCCUGUUUAGAUCCCACCAACUCCCACUCAUUCUAGUACCACAUACUCAUGUAGUACUAAAUAUGGUUAGAAAUGAAAUUGGUCACUAUCGAAAGAGGAAGUUCAGGUUUAUACUGAGUCAUCUCUGGCCUCUUUCGGCCAGCCAAACCUCCAUGGGUGAGUGGGUUAGACUUCAAGGGCGUAGAGGGCAUGGGCGAGGCCUGAGCUGGCUGGCUCACUGGCCCAAGGCAUAUGUGACGCCACCUCACCGCUCCUACCUCCAGCAUCCCAGCCAGAGAGAUGCAGUGGUGGCCAGUGAGGUGGCACUUCCACUGGAGGGGUGUCCAGCUGGCGUGCUUCGGGAAAAAGGGGGUUCAAUUGCAUGACAGUGAUAUGUCACCUGAGUCAUCCACUGUAGGAUGUGACAAAAGCAUUUUUUACAUUGCUGUAUGUAUCACAUUCAGGUGUUAGGAAACAAAGCCAUUUUGAUGGCAGUUCCACCACCUCCCCCAAAACACACUCAAAUCCAAGUUUAAUACCAUUGGAUUGCAUUGCGUUAUAUGUUAUAAGAGACAGCACAUAAACAUUUUGAUAGCUAGUUUUCUAUUUGAAGCAUGUCGAUAAGAAAAUGUCAGUACUGUAACAAAUACUCGUUGAGUAAUUUUGAUAUGGUUGACUGUAAUGGUUAGAAUCUAACCAUUUGAAGAUGACACAGACCAAUACUUGUCUAACCACCUAAGUGGUGAAAGUGUGUGUGUCAAACAAGUGUGUCUUCUGAAUGUGCACAAAUGCUUUAGAUAGAUGAAUAAUGAAGCACAUUUUGUAAUGCAAAAUUCAUCUCGUGAAGGUUACAUGAUUAUAUGAAGCGCUCUGCCCCCUGUUUUAAAAGGAGUCAAUCACUGUACUGAAGUCGUUUGUUCCCUUUUGCACUUUUUGUAUCUUGCAUUCAUAGGGUGUUAACACACAGGACAACUGAAAAAAGAAAUAUUUUUUAUGUUUUACAAAUUAAAACUUUGUAUAUUUUUUUUUAAAACAGAGAAAUGUGGACUCUUCUAAGGUUUGGAGGAAAAUACCAAACAUUUUGUAUUUUUUUUUUUAAAUAUACAUAUACAUUGAGAUGCUCUUAAAUUGUCUUAGCAAUACUGCAAUGCCGACAUGUACGGCUAGGCUGAAAAUAAUCACACAUGUCCAUGUCCUCAUAGAUCACAGUAUGUAUCAUACACCUUCACCUAAGUGACCAAAGAGUGGCUUAUGCCUAUGAAGAAAUGGAUGGCAAAUGUGGGGCAAUUAAAAUGCAGUCCUGGCUUGGGGCUGUCGUGUAAAGAUUCAAAUUGCAGAGCCUGAACAGUGGGUUCACUGAGUGACCCAUGUUUAAUUGGGUCAUACGAUGUACUUGUGUACUUAGGCGAAGGCACCGAGUCUUUGCAUUGCAUUGAGCGUCUUAGAAUAGAAUUUGAACGGCAAUCAAUUUCUUCCAUUUUAAUUGGUCUGUCCUCAGAAUGAUUAAGUGGCCAAUACAAAAGAGGCAGAGAAAAUGGGAAUGUACAAAACAUAAUGCUCACAUUUGCCAUGCAUUAAUUAGCAGAAAACCAUGAACAAAAAUGACUGUAAAGUAAAAGUGCCUUGUAAACCAUAAUGUAAGAACACAAAUGGUAAGACGUAUGCAUUCCAUUGACAUCUGUCUGUAUUUCGAGAAAGGAAUAUAGAAAUGAUUUACAUGAAAACGAUUGUAUUGUAAAUAUGUUAUACCGCACUUGUAUGAAAUUACAUUUCAUUAUAUUCAAAUUAUAUAAGUAGACUACCCAAAAUUUCUCGAGACGGAAAUUCUUUAUGAUCUCAGAGAAGUCAGUAGAACAUGAUAACAGUGCUUUUGAAAGGGGCUCUGAACACUCAGUCUUGGCCUUGAUGAUGAAGCCUGGAACAGUCAAUAUCUUUUGUACAUUUAAUUUAAUAAAUUAAAUGUUAAAGACA